GGGGGAGAAAACCCAUUACAUGUGAGACCACACAGAACAUAUAUAGACAAUGAAGCACAGAGAGAGUGUUCCAAGGUUCUCUGGUUGACAUGACAGCGAGGGUGUUCCAAAGUUCUCUGGUUGACAUUACAGAGAGGGUGUUCCAAGGUUCUCUAGUUGACAUCACAGCGAGGGUGUUCCAAUGUUCUCUGGUUGACAUCACAGCGAGGGUGUUCCAAGGUUCUCUGGUUGACAUCACAGCGAGGGUGUUCCAAGGUUCUCUGGUUGACAUCACAGCGAGGGUGUUCCAAGGUUCUCUGGUUGACAUCACAGCGAGGGUGUUCCAAGGUUCUCUGGUUGACAUCACAGCGAGGGUGUUCCAAGGUUCUCUGGUUGACAUCACAGCGAGGGUGUUCCAAGGUUCUCUGGUUGACAUCACAGCGAGGGUGUUCCAAGGUUCUCUGGUUGACAUCACAGCGAGGGUGUUCCAAGGUUCUCUGGUUGACAUCACAGCGAGGGUGUUCCAAGGUUCUCUGGUUGACAUCACAGCGAGGGUGUUCCAAGGAUCUCUGGUUGACAUUACAGAGAGGGUGUUCCAAGGUUCUCUGGUUGACAUCACAACAUCACUGUCAAACCAGUACAGUACAGUGUGCACACACACACGGGUUGAUGAGGUAAAAGAGUGGGUAAAGGAGACACUUUCAUUCCAUUAUUCAGUCGCUUUGAGGGACACAAAAGCAGGAGCACAGCCAUGGCUCUGCUGCCUGCCUGCCUGAUCUUUUAUCUCUCUCUCUGCCUGCCUGCCUGAUCUUUUAUCUCUCUGCGCCUGCCUGACUGAUCUUUUAUCUCUAGCUGCCUGCCUGCCGGUGCACAGUGGAGUACACCACACUGCUCACUUCCCUUCCAAUAAGGUAGAGCGGUUAUCAGGAGAGGGAGAGUGACGGCGCAGAAAUGAAACAUGGCUCAUUAUGA